CUCACGGCCUCCCAGCUAAGUUUCAUUAGCAUGAGGACUGAAUACUCGCCGAAUGUGAAGCACUGUGAGCUUUACAGCAAAAAAUAGCCCUCUUGGGCCAGGAUUAAGCGCCGUAAGAAUAGAGCUACCCCACAAGGUCUUCACAUUCUGAUAGCCGACCGACCGGCAAUAUGGUUGCUCCCAACAGCCCCAUGCCCUGGCGUUUUCAGCACGUUGUGGCACCCAGUGAGGGUUCACAUUUCAUACAAGCAACAUCCCAGACCCAGUAUCAUGCCGCAGUAGUUUAUGAGCAACCUCGUGAUGCAGAUGCCGCAGCCGAUCACAACGCCGUUCUCCUCACCGAUCGAAGUACACCAGCCAGGACAAAGGAAAGUCAGAGCGUACGCAGCCGUUAUCCGGGUCACUCCUCCUUUGCUGAGAUGAGCGUGGUCAACGAGAAGUGCGUCCUCAACCAACUGGCUGCCUAUGCAAUGAUUGGUUGCGGCUUCUAG